ACACCGGGCAGGGGCACACCGGGCAGGGGCACACCGGGCAGAGGCACAUCGGGCUGGACUCCGGGCAGAGGCACAUCGGGCUGGACUCCGGGCAGAGGCACAUCGGGCCACCAGUAUGACAGCGGGCACUGGGUCACCAGGCAUCAGGUCAUAUGGCUCACCAGCGGGCACCGCGUCAUCUGGCAAGGCAGUGGGCACCGAGUCACCAGGUACCGGAUCAUCUGGAUCAACAGCGGGCAUCGAGUCAACUGGCCUAAUAGGAUCAUCAGGCUGGAUCAGUUCAUCAUGCUGGGUAGAGGCAUCAGGCUGAGUGGAGGCAUCAGGCUGAGUGGAGGCAUCAGG